GGAUGUGCAGGGUCAUGGCAAACGUCACCUUAGGUACAUAUAAUCUCACAGCUACAACAGCGGAUAGUCGAUGAUAUCUGGCCCCAAGAUGAAGAGACUCCUUGAAGGCUCCCUGCUCCUUACCUUUGUCUGUCUGUGUGUAGCAACACCAACAGCAAAGGAUAAACUUUCUCGAUAUGAACCUAACUGGGCUUCUAUAGAUUCAAGACCUCUGCCUGCAUGGUAUGAUGAAGCCAAACUUGGAAUCUUUGUCCACUGGGGUAUAUUUUCGGUGCCCAGUUUUGGCUCUGAGUGGUUCUGGUGGCUCUGGCAAGGGCAGAAGGUUCCGGAUGUUGUUGCUUUCAUGAAAGAUAACUAUCGACCAGACUGGACUUAUGCUGAUUUUGCCAGGGAUUUUACUGCUGAGUUUUUCGAUCCAGUACAGUGGGCAAACAUAUUCAACGCAUCAGGGGCACAAUAUGUUGUGUUAGUCAGCAAGCAUCAUGAAGGUUUCUGCAACUGGCCAACCAAUGUCUCCUUCAACUGGAACUCCCAGAUGCUGGGACCCAACAGAGAUCUUGUGGGUGAACUAGCAGCAGCAGUACGAGGAAACUCUAAGAUUCGCUUUGGCCUGUACCACUCCCUGUUUGAGUGGUUCCACCCUCUGUAUCUCCAAGACAAGGCCAACAACUUCUCCACAUCCCGUUUUGUUGAUGAGAAGACUAUUCCAGAGCUGAUUGAGAUUAGUGAGAAGUACAAGCCUGAAGUGAUUUGGUCUGAUGGAGACUGGGAGGCACCUUCCUCCUACUGGAAAUCUGCAGAAUAUCUGGCCUGGCUUUAUAAUGACAGUCCCACCAAGGACACUGUGGUGACCAACGACCGAUGGGGAUCUGAUGCUACAUGCCAUCAUGGAGGUUUCCUCACCUGCAUGGACAGAUACAACCCAGGAACCCUUCAACCCCGUAAGUUUGAGAAUGCCAUGACAAUAGACAAGAAGUCAUGGGGUUUCAGGCGUAAUGCUGAUCUGGCAGCCUACCUUAACAUGGAAGAGAUCCUGGCCACAUUUGCUGAGACUAUCAGUUGUGGAGGCAACAUGCUCAUCAAUGUUGGCCCAACCAAAUAUGGUAUGAUCAGCGCAAUCUAUGAAGAAAGAUUUCGCCAACUUGGUUCCUGGUUGAGUGUCAAUGGAGAGGGUAUAUAUUCCACCCGACCUUGGACCUCCCAGAAUGAUACAGUUACCCAAGGAGUAUGGUAUGUACAGAAGGACAGCAAUGUCUAUGCUAUUGUACUGAACUGGCCGGAGGCAGUACUUCAGCUCGGGGCACCCAAGGCAACUGCAGCUACUACAGUCAGUCUGCUCGGAUAUGAAGGCAACUUCAGCUACCAAGAUCGUGCCGGAGGUGGCAUUAAUAUUGAGAUUCCACCAAUCCCCAUCAACAAAAUGCCAUGUGAAUGGGCAUGGAUCUUCAAAUUCACUGGACUUCAAAGCUGAAUGACCAGAUCUGUAUACUAGUAUGCCGACUGAUUCUUGCUGAAGUUUGAUGUAGUGAUGUGGUACAUAGAGAAGAUGAGAUGCUGCACCAUUGUGCAAAAUCUUAAGCACAAAA